CGGAGGAGAGGCUGAGUCUGAACCGGCUGGCAGACACACCGGGGACGGAGCUUCGGCCGCAGCCCAGUCCUGCGGCGGUGACAGCACUGGAAGCGCCUGGACCACGUCCGGACCUCGCCGUCCCGUCUGUUUGGAGCGAGAUGGCUGACGGGGAGCUGGUGAAGAAGGUGCUGCGGGCCAUCCUCCAGGCCAACAAGGGUGGAGUGUCACUGUCACGUCUCCAGUCAGAGUACAAGGAGCUCAACGGAGAGCAGAUACCACAUAAACAAAUGGGGCACAACCACCUGGACACUCUGCUAGCCAGCAUGCCCUCUGUAGUCCGCAUGGAGCGCAACCGCUCUGGAGAGAUGGUUUAUUUCGCCUCAGGGGCCAAUGAGACGGCCCAUGUAGCCAAGGUGGUGGCUCGCCAGCGCAGCUCCAAGAAGACGGGCCGACCCCACAUGGUCAACACCCAGAUGAGGGUCAAACCAGCGGCACCACUUGUCCUCAAUGAGUAUUCCCAGGGAUUCGGAGGAGGAUGCAGGGACGUGAGAGAGGGAGGAGAAGAGGAGAGAGGAGCACUGGAAGCAAGAGUCAAUAAAAGGCAGUGGGAUGGUGAACUGGCAGAGACAGACCAGGGAUUGUGUGUCCGAGCCGCCAAACCUCAAACCUCACUGAGGCAGCCGAACCACCGCGGGCGAGGUGGGGGUAGAGGAGGAGGCGGAGGCCGAGGGGCAGGACAUGGAGACUUCAGACAAACCAGGGAUAUGAGGGAUGGCCAGUCAGAGAGUAAGACUGGGGCACAUCCGAACAAGAUGUCCAAUCAGAACACACCCAACAGGAGAGGGAACCCACCUGCAGAGAAGUCAGACAAGAGGAUGACCCUGCCAUCACGGUUUCACAAGGAGGUACAAGCUCACCUUUCCAGGAACCCCCCACAGACUGGUCCCCCCUUGAAUCUGAAUGAAAACCUCAGCUCGGGGAAAGGAAAGCCCUACAACCCUCAGCAGGUCCAGGGACGCAUUAGGGAGAUCCUGGGGAAGUACAGUAACGGGUUCUGGGUAUCGAAGCUCCCUCAGAUCUACAGAGAGCUGUACAAACAGGACCUGCCCACUGAAGCCAUCAAAGACCUGGACACCUGGACUCACAUAUGCACUGUAGAGAAAACCUGCAGCAGCAACCCAACAGAGCUGCUCCUCUACCCUGCCAAGGACCCAACCAACACAUCCACCCCUUCACCCAUCCUUCGCCCAAACUCCACCACUGCCCCUGUCCCUGCUUCAAACGCCCCUACAGAUAAACCCUUGCCUUCCCCUGCCCAACCGAGACCCCCCACCGCCCAUCUGACUCGCUCUGGUUCUCACUCUCCUCCGUCUCCGCCAUCGUCUUCCUCGUCCCCCAGCCCUCCUUCCUCCCCUGCCACCCUCAGCCCCGACCUGAGGCUGAAACUGGAAGAGCUGCUGGUGAAGUACUCCAACGGCCUGUGGGCACACGCGCUGCCAAAGCUCUUUCAGGACACCUACAAAACCAAACUGCCCAGACAUGUUCUGGAGAACCUUCACCUCCUUUCCGACAUCUGCACUAUUGACUACCCGAUGCCCGACAACCCCAAGAGGGCCAUCCUGUACAGGAGGAGCAGCACAGGAGAUGGAGGAGGAGAGGAUGAGAACUGCACCAGGAGGAAUUCCUCGACCAGUGAAGAGGAGCUGAGGGUGAGGCAGGAGCUGGGGAGAAGGCUCAGUAACCAGGCGGUGCCUUCUCUGCAAAUACCCAAAGAGGAGUACCCCUCUGUGCUGGUGGUGGAGGCCACCAACACCAAUGGCGUUGUACUCAGGUACAUUGGUGAGGGUUACUCCCAAGCCCAGGAGUCCAUGGAGGAUGAAAUGAGGGAGUUUUAUGGCCUGGACAAAAGCACUCUGCCUCCUUUGUCAUCUCCAUCCUCAGGCCAACUUGUUGCUGUCAGAGCGGAGGAGGAAGAGGAGAUCCUGAGGGCGCAAGUCUGCGAGGUCGUGGCCGACAAGGUCAAGGUGUACUAUGUGGAUCACGGCUUCUCGGAGGCGAUAAGUAAAACCAAAGUGUUUGAGCUUCACGAGAAGUUUUUCAAACUGCCUUUCCAGGCAACCAAGUGUAAACUAGCAGGUCUGGAGCCAUUCUGUCAGGAGCCUGCAGUGCUGAAGAAGUUUGAGAUGAUGGCAAGUGGUAGGAUCCUGCUGGCUGAGAUCCUGGAGAGAGGGCAGAUCCCUCUGUCCGUCCUGUACGACACGUCACAGGAUGAUGAUGUCAACAUCAACGCUGCCUGCAUGAAAGCUUUGCGGGACAAGACGCUAGCAAGCCCGUUACAGGUGAACAGCGCUUAUAUGAAUGUGACUGUCAGCAGCGUCUGCUCAGACGGGACCAUCUACUGUCAACUGCCCUCCAGAGGCCUCGCCAAGCUGAAUGAAAUACUGGAGAAUAUAGAGACAUACUUCCACUCACAGGUAACAUCAGAGUUCCUGGUAUCCAGACCUUUUUGUGGGAAAAUAUGUAUGUCUCGCUACAAAGGCAAAUGGUCUCGUGUAGAGAUCACCAACCUGCAUGGCACCAGAGUGUUGGACAUCCUGUUUAUCGAUGUAGGUGUCCAGGCAUCUGUAGAGGUGUUUGAGCUGAGAGAGAUCCCACCGCUAUUCCUCCGUGACCUUAUGGCGAUCCCGCCACAGGCUGUGAAGUGCUGUCUAGCAGACCUGAGUGUCAGUGUUGGAUCCUGGACUCCAGAUGUUGUCCAGUGGCUUCGAGAGAAAGUGCUCAACAUCACUGACUGUAGCAUGAAGGUUGCGAAGGUGGAUGAAACCAAGCGCUGCAUCUACGUCCACUUGUUCACUGAUAAGAACUUCCACGACACAGCCCGCAGCCUCAACUAUCAGAUGGCGCAGUCGGACCUGUUCAAACAGCAACCAGAUGUUUUCCUGACCAGUCACAGCUCUGCUAAGAUCUUCACAACCACUUCAUCCUCUAAGACAAAUAGUACGAGUGACUCCACUAAUGGCAAUACAACGUCAACUACUGUCCCAGCAAAGCCUAAUCUGAGAAGGGCUCUACCAGGACCCAGAGGAGGUGGAGGAGGAAACACAACCAGCAACACUCCACAAGACACACCAUCACCCCCCUCAACCUCUCUCCAGCUGCCACCACUACUAGAGCUGCCCCCAGCUGGAAACAACAUAGACGUAUAUGUAUCAGUGGCGUGCCAUCCAGGUCACUUUGUGCUGCAGCCCUGGAGAGAUAUGUACAAACUGGUGGUGUUGAUGGGAGAAAUGAUUCUUUACUACAAUAAAACCGAAGAGAAAUCGCUCAACAUCGAGAAGAAUCAGAUUUAUGCUGCCAAAGUGGACAACAACUGGCAUCGUGUGUUAGUGAAGGGAGUUCUGACCAAUGGCUUGGUGUCUGUCUAUGAGUUGGACUAUGGUAAACAUGAGCUGGUGAGCUGCACCCAGCUCAGACCUCUGAUCAAGGAGUUCAGACAGCUGCCGUUUCAGGGAAUCACUGCUCAGCUGGCUGGAGUGAAGCCGAGGCAGUGGUCAGAAGAAGCCUCCAUCGUUUUCAGGAACCACGUGGAGAAGAAACCACUCGUGGCCCAGCUGGAGGCGCUACAUGAAGCCACCAACCCGUGGGACAGAAAGUUGACAGUCUUCCUGGUCGACACGUCGCAGGAAGAAAGAGACAUCUGGGUGCAUGACAUCAUGGCUGAGUUUGCUGAGGAGAUUACCAAUGAGUUGUAGACAAAAGGAGAUAGUCAACAAGUCUUACUGGUCAAGCAGUUGUCCUCUUGCGCAAUGAAGACAACAUGAGAUGUGGACAGGUGAAAUAGGAGAAGCUUAUCCAUAUUUAUCUAUCUAACAUUUAGGGAGACUAAAAGUAGAAGGAAGAAAAGAAGAAAGGAAUGAAAUCAUGAAGGAGAAGUUAGAGAGGUUAUGAGCAGAAGGGAAAUUGGGAGGUUUUAUAGUAUGUUGAGACUGGCAUUGACUAAAAGACAAGAAGUGUCGGCGUAGUAGCCACUUUCUUGUUGUUAGGGGCUGUACAGUGAAGGAUGUCGUGAUGUGAUUCUUAGUGACUGCAGUGUGACCCUUGGAUAAUACACCAUGCAUGAUGUUAAGUCCAAACUUGCUACAAAGACAUUUACAGUUAAAAUAAAAAGAAACUGUUAAGUCUAUCCAUUAUGAUUCACCAUACAUUCUUAUAACAUAUGGUAUGGGCUUAAAUCCGAAGCAGCAUCCUAAAGUAGCGUGAGCACCUUCAGUUUCAGUGUGUGUCAUUCUGAGGACGCCUGUAUACCUUCAACCCUGCUAAUGUGAGCACCAAGCAAAGGGGACAAAAUAUUCCAAUGUACUCACAUGCAAGGAAAACUUUUAUGCAUUUGGAUUUUAUGCAAUGUGAUUGUCGUAACGUUUACAAAAGCUACAGAGCAGACAUUUCCCCAAAGAGGGGGAGAGAUUGACGAGUCAGUGAGUUAUGGGAGAUGGACAAAGGGAAAAUUUGACCUUCUUGGUAAUUGAUGGGAAGUGUCUUGUUUUAGCAGUUUGGCCCUCUUUAGUACAUCCAUGCUGACACAUAUUCUGCUGUGCUUACUGGACAAGCAAGACAAAAGUUAAUAGGGUUGUGUUAUAUAAAAUUCAGAUUUUAGUGGUGAAUCCUGCACUGUCAAUAAGUUGUGGUUUGGGAUUUUCCAGUCGACUGAGAGACUGAACUGAAGGUUGAAAAAAGCAUCACAUUGGUUACAUCGUAACUUCUUGUAAACAAUAUAAGUGUGACUUUUUCAAAAUAAUUUUUUGAAGAAAAAAACAAAACCACUAACAUAACAGUAAAACCCAGGUCCUAGCUCAUCCAUCUCCUCUUCAACUGUGAAACACUGACGCAGUUACUUUCAGGCCAUUAUGGUUCUCUCCUUUCUUAUUCCGUGACAUCAGUACUCUCAUUUCAGUAGAUUUCAUGUGCUGCAUGUUGCAGAUGUUUCUGAGUUGUGUGCACAUUUGGUUUGAUGUUAUAAUAAGAAGAAGAUUAAGUUGCCAGACAUUUUAUGCUAGGAGAUAUUCAAAUAGAAGAUAAUUUAACAUUCUGCUCAUGGCUGGUUAAAGUGACACCAUCAAAUGUUGGCCUGAUGUGAGAUUUUAAUCUGAAAUGUGACACAACCGCACCAUGUUUUUGGAUGUGAAAUUGCUUCUCCAAUUCUUUGACAAUGAACUUGACAAAGCUCAUAGCUGCAUUGUUGUUAACAAUUGAAAAGUGACAUGAAUUUAAUUUAUAUUUAACUUAUAUUGGCUAGAUGAUAAUUAUUACGUUACCAUCUCCAUUUUCUUUAACAUUGACCAGGAGGUAAUAAAAGAGAUGUUUUUUUGGAAUAAAGUCUGUAUGAAAGGUUUAAA